AUGGCGAGCGUGGAGGGUGUGCAAGGCGUGCUGCGUGAGGCACAGGCGCAUCCUGCCGGCGGGCAUAGCCAGGACCUCCGCGAGAAGAAGCGUCGGCGCCGUACGCGUCCGCACGAGGUCGACAUCCUCAUGUCGGCCUACCUGCAGAACGCAUUUCCGAACGAAAAGACGCGGGAGCGGCUUGCACAGAGUGUCAACAUGACGCCGCGGGCCGUCUCUAUCUGGUUUCAGAACCGGCGUCAGGCGGAAAAGAAGCGCUCGCAGCGCUACGGCGCGACGAGCCCACACGCGCUUGGCGUGCGCGUGCCGGUGACCGAGGUGCCCCCUAAUGCUGCUGCGCCGGUGCACCGCGACCUCGCCAAGCUGGUCGGACCACUGCCGCACGCAGCGCAGCGCCAGGGCACGAUGCAGCGUGUCAAGAGCUCGCCGUGCAUUUCGCUCACGACCAACGCACACGGCCACGCCCAGCUCGGACCGAUAGAGGAGCAGAAGGACUGCGCGAUCUGGCAGCGCAUGGAGAGCUCGAGCGCAUGGAGCGGCUCGAGUGAUUUCGACGAGCCGUCGCCGGACCGGUCCCACGACGAAGACGAGGACGAAAUGACGCUGCGUCGGCUGGCGCAGCGCCGCAACGAGCGCGUGCGCAAGCGCGAGGCGACGGACGCUUCGGACGCGCGCCAGAUGAUCCAGGAGCGCGCCAGCACGCGCCGCACGCACGCGCCGGCGGCGCGCGGCCUGAAGCGCCACGCGUCGCUCAGCCUCGAGUUUGCCGCGGCGCGCGAAACGUCCCCGCCCGAGUCCAAGCCGGCGCUGCGCCGCACAGAGAGCAUGCCGGUGCGCGCGCCGCUGCAGCCGAUCCAGGCGCCCACCGCGCGGCCGCCGGCGAUGCGGCGGCCGCGCCUCGGGGCCGAGAACGUGCCGCCGGUGCGUGGGCUGCACCCGCUGCGCCGCGCGACGUCCGCCUCGGCACGUAUGCCGCUGCGGGCGGACGCGCACGCGUACUGGCCGCGUGCGGCGCCUAUUCCCGUUACGCGCCGCGAGUCGAGCGCGCGGAGCGAUGCGCUCCCUGCGCCGGCCAAGUCGGAGGAGCACGACGACAGUGGCUUCUUUGACGAGAGCUCGCAAAGCACGAUCGAUGUGCACUCCUCGCCCGAGUCGGCGAAGCAUGCUAUGCCAAACUUUACGGAAAACGACCGUCAGGCCGUGGAAUUGCUACUGGGCCUAGGGAUUGUGUCGAGUCGGCGUACAUAG